AUGAAAGCCGUUCUAAUUGUAGUCGUCGGGCUGUUGGCCAUCGGCGUCCAGACACGGAUCAGUUGGCUAGUGCAAGCCUAUACGAAGGACAUUGAACCACCUAGUCCAAAUAAACCUGAUGAGCUUCAUCCACAGACUCCUCCUCCGGUCGACACCAUUCCCACUGCUCCGCCAACUGAAGGCACCUUUCCCACUGGUCCGCCAACUGAAGGCACCAUUCCCACUGGUCCUCCGCCAACUGAAGGCACUAUUCCCACUGGUCCGCCAACUGUAGGCACCAUUCCCACUGGUCCGCCAACUGUAGGCACCAUUCCCACUGGUCCGCCAACUGUAGGCACCAUUCCCACUGGUCCGCCAACUGAAGGAACCAUUCCCACUGGUCCGCCAACUGUAGGCACCAUUCCCACUGGUCCGCCAACUGAAGGCACCAUUCCCACUGGUCCUCCGCCAACUGUAGGCACCAUUCCCACUGGUCCGCCAACUGAAGGCACCAUUCCCACUGGUCCUCCGCCAACUGUAGGCACCAUUCCCACUGGUCCGCCAACUGAAGGCACCAUUCCCACUGAUCCUCCGCCAACUGUAGGCACCAUUCCCACUGGUCCGCCAACUGAAGGCACCAUUCCCACUGGUCCUCCGCCAACUGUAGGCACCAUUCCCACUGGUCCGCCAACUGAAGGCACCAUUCCCACUGGUCCGCCAACUGAAGGCACCAUUCCCACUGGUCCGCCAACUGUAGGCACCAUUCCCACUGGUCCGCCAACUGUAGGCACCAUUCCCACUGGGCCGCCAACUGAAGGCACCAUUCCCACUGGUCCGCCAACUGUAGGCACUAUUCCUACUGGUCCGCCAACUGAAGGCAAUAUUCCCACUGGUCCGCCAACUGUAGGCACUAUUCCUACUGGUCCGCCAACUGUAGGCACCAUUCCCACUGGUCCGCCAACUGAAGGCACCAUUCCCACUGGUCCGCCAACUGAAGGCACCAUUUCCACUGGUCCUCCGCCAACUGUAGGCACCAUUCCCACUGCUCCUCCGCCAACUGUAGGCACCAUUCCCACUGGUCCGCCAACUGAAGGCACCAUUCCCACUGAUCCUUAA